CUGGUGUACACACCACUCUGGCAGCUGCUAAUAGCAACGCCCGUUACCCACUAGCGACAGCGCUCGGUUGAGCAUAUCUGCUUUUGUAUGCUCUCGUUAUAGUCCGACCGAUAGUUUCCAUCCGAGACCAGGGAUCGAAGCAAUGUCCACGAAAGAAGAACAAGAGACCCUUCGUCUCCUUGUUCAGCAUGUCUCUCGCUCUUUCUACGAGCCGAAAUAUAUUGUAAUAAUGGAUCAGCUAGCUAGACAUCCAGUUCUGAAAGAUGACGACUUGGCAGGAAGGAUGGGCCUCCAGGCGAAAGAGCUCAACAAGCUCAUGGCAGUUCUCAAUAAUGACCGGUUGAUUCGGGUCCAUCGUCAGAAUGAGCUGAAGGAGGGGGCCCAGCGGUCUGUGGGCAGGGCUUACUACUACAUCGACUACCAGCAUUUCUGCAAUGUGGUCAAGUGGCGUGUAGCGGAAAUGCGACGCAUUAUUGAUAAUUCGCUUCGAAACGAACUCGAUAAUAAAGGGUACAUCUGCCCUCAGUGCAACAAGUCCUUUACACCUUUGGAGGUCGACAAACUCAUCGACUUCUCGCGUGGCGUUUUCAUAUGCGAUGAUUGCAAGGGGGAGUUGGUCGAUAAUGAAAAUGCGGAGAGCGUCAGGGGAAGUCAAGAUCGAAUGCAGAGGUUCAACAGGCAGAUGGCUUUCAUUCGGGAAGGGCUGAGGAAGACCGAGGACAUGGUGUUACCUGCGUUUGACGUUGAAGCAUGGGUUAGGAAUAACCUGAGCGAGGCCGAGAAACAACGAAAUGCCGACGCAGGAGCCGGGCUUAAGAUCGCAGGCUCAGGCCCCAAGACAGAAGACGCUGGCAUUGGUGUGGUUAUGUCUCUUGACAAAGACGAGGAGACGCGGAUUCAGGAGAGAAACGCUGAAGCAGCAGCCAAGCGGCAGCAGAAUUUGAUGCCGUCUUGGCAUCUCAAGAGUACAAUUACGGGCGAUCUGACUGCAUUGGGUGAGGCUGAGAACAAUCGAGCACCUAAUGGCAGUAGCUCUCUACCAGGAGGCACCGUCCUUAGCUCAAACGAUGCCAUCUUGAGAGGGUUGGCCCCGUUGAAUCCGACGCCGACCGCGCCUGUAGUAGAGGACAUCAAGCCAGUGCAGACGCAAGAGGCAGAUUACUAUGAUCAGUACUAUGCCUCUCUUGAGGCUUCAAACGCAGCGUCUUCGCAAGGUACACCUUCGGCAUAUGGUUACAGCAACGGGGUAAAUGGCGCCGACGAGGAAGAAGAGGAUGUGAAGCCUUCCAUUGAAUAUUUGGAUUCAUUAAACGAAUACAGAAAGCGAUCCAGACCGGAGCAGGUCGAUGUUGCUGCGGAGAUGAGGAAGUCGGCAAGGCUGGAUGAGGAAGGAAACCGGGGAACGUACACCGUUGAGGCAGUUGCUCCUGUGGAAGCAGCCGCAGAAGCUGCGGAAAUAGAAGUAGAUGCUACAGAUGACCCCCUUGUGCAAGUAAAUGGCCAGCCUGUCCGAUAUUCAGAGGUCACAGAGGAACAUCAAGAGAUGAUGACCCCCGAGGAGUACCAGGCAUACUAUGAGAUUAUGCAAGCCCGGUCAUAGCAUGCGGCUUGGGUUGGAAGCACCAUUGGACUUGGACUUUGUAAAUAUUGUACGUUGCAAUCUGGAGCCGUCCGUGG